AUGAAGUUCAGUUCCAUCAUCGCCGCUGGCGUCCUCACUGUUUCUGCUCUUGCUAAGAGCGGUUUCAAGUAUGAGCGUCUUGACAAGAACGAUGCCGUUCUCCUCGUGGUCGAUAUCCAGGAAGGCCUUUACCAGUUGACCAGAGAUUGGGAUCCUACUCUGUACCAUCACCAGUCUAUGGCCCACGCUGCCAUUGGUCAGGCUUUCGACUUGCCUGUUAUCCUGACUACCUCCGCUGAUCAGGGCCCCAAUGGUCCUCUCAUGCGAGAGAUCCGUGAAAUGUACCCCAAGGCCCCUCUCGUCCAGCGCCAAGGCCAAGUCAACGCUUGGGACAGCGAAGAAUUCCGUGAUGCCCUCAAGGCCACCAACAAGUCACAGGUCAUCCUCGCCGGUAUCACCACCGAUGUCUGCACCACCUUCCUCGCUCUCUCCCUCCGUGAAGCCGGUUACUCCGUCUGGGCCAACAUGGAGGCAUCCGGCACUACAACUGCUCUCAUCCGCGACAUUUCCAACGAUCGCAUGCGCGAUGCUGGCGUUCAGGUCGUCAGUCUGUUUUCCAUUAUUUGUGAGCUGAUGCGCGACUGGAGGAACAAGCCUGGUGCCAAGGAGAUCUACCCUUGGCUUGGACAGUACUACCCUGCUGCUGGCUACAUGGCUCGCGGUCAUGCUGCGGCUAUUACCAAUGGAACUAUCCAGCCUGGUGAGGACGGAUACACUCACUACCCUUAG